AUGCCCACGAACAUAACUCUCCUUCUCGACCUUCCAGAAAUAUCACUGGCCCGUACUCAAUCGGCGUUGACGGACUUCUUAGCUUCACAUAAUAUUUCAGCAAGACAGAUACGCGAUGAUGCCGAUGCUCGUCGACAGGCCGCAGCUAAUCAGGCUCGCGCAAAUGGCGAUUCGUCCGCAGUAGCCGAGUCGAGCACUACCGCGAGCCAACGUGCGCCUGGUGGCGAUAAAAGGAGCCGGAAGCAGAAAGAAGAGCAAAAGGCCAUUGAAAAGAUCAAAUCCAGUAAGGCAUUCAAGAAACGCAAGAAGUAUGCCGAUGAUGAUGAAGACGACGAUGACGUUGCGCGAGCCAUUUUCGAACAAAGCUACGCACCUUUGCCCGGUCAGAUGGACAAUUGCGAAAUCUGCGACAAGCGGUUCACUGUUACUCCGUACUCUGUCACAGGACCCAACGGCGGGCUACUGUGUGCGCCCUGCGGCCGUGAGAUAGCCAAAGAGCGAGAGGGUAAAAAACCGCAAAAGAAACCUCGCAAGCAAACAGGAGGGAUUGGUGCGCGCCGGACUACGCAGAGUCGAAUUCUCGACGGGGAUGUGGGAGUCAAGAGCCUGGCGACACUUUGCAUUCAAACACUCGCAAAAAAUGUGGACAUGGCCGAGAGUCUAGGCGAUUUGCCGGAGCACCUCGUCGACAAGAUUGCACGCAUCUUUUCGAAGCGCAGACUUCUCAAGCCAGAGACUCUACCACUUUUUGUUCAACCGACUACCGAGGUGCUGCACAUUUAUGACGGCGCCAAGCUCGGAGAAAACGAUCUUAUUAGCAUUUUUCAAGUGGCGACCAAGUUGCGCCGCUUUAAAGUCCGAUGCGCAAUCCAGUUCAAGGACGAGGUCAUGGACUACCUGUUGUCACGCGAUACAUGUUUAGAUACGUUUUAUCUGCAUGGUGCGAACUUGCUAAGUGAAACGAAAUGGCACGAGUUCAUUGCUGCAAAGGGUGUCGAGCUAAGACAGCUCCAUGUAUACUAUACGGACUUGCAUUUUGGAGACGACACGAUCGUUGAGCUACGAAAGCACUGCCCAAGGCUGCAGCGGCUCAAGGUCGAACACAACCAGAAGCUUACAAGCGAAGGUGUCAAGGCUAUCGGCGCGCUGACAUCUCUGGAACACAUCGGUCUUCAAGUUCACCACAAAAUUACCUCGGAAUCAUUGACAGAAUGUAUUGCUGGUGUGGGAGCAAACUUACAGACUUUGUCAUUGAAGGUCUUUCCCGAGGCUGGCGACGAAGUCUUGGACGCAAUUCACAAUAAUUGCCGACAUCUGACUAAGCUACGAAUCACAGAUAGUGAAGUCAUGACUGACAGCGGCUUCGUCAAAUUAUUUACUGGAUGGAAGAAUCCCGAGUUGUCAUUCAUUGACCUCCAAAAGUGUCGACAAGUUGACGCUGCCAAUCCACGCGACAAUCCCGACAAGUUGGGCCUCUGCAGCGAAGGCUUCAAGGCGCUCAUGGCGCAUUCAGGCCCGAAGAUCCGGCAUCUCAAUGUCCAUGCCUGUCGGCAUAUCACGCGCGAGGCCUUUGAAGAAGUCUUUAACGAAAACGCAAAGUAUCCGGAGUUGCGAUCGUUGGAAAUUAGCUUCUGCGAAGAAGUGACGGACUUCAUAUUGGGUAGCAUCUUCCGAGCCUGUCCCAAGAUCAAGGACGUCAAUGUGUUUGGAUGCAUGAAGGUCAAGAACGUUUUGGUUCCACGAGGCGUCAUCCUAGUUGGUGUGCCUAAUGCACAGGGUAUGGUAACCGAGGGCAUUCAUUGA